CUUUGGUGUUGCACAUGCUUGCAAGGAAACAAGAUGGCGCUCUUCUGUUCAAUCAGCAAUGAAGUUCCUGAUCACCCAUGUGUGUCACCAUCUUCUAACUGCGUGUUUGAGAGGAGGCUUAUUGAAAAGUAUAUUGCGGAAAAUGGCACUGAUCCAAUAAGUGGUGAACAGCUUUCAGAAGAGCAGCUGAUUGAUAUAAAAGUCAAUUCAUUGAUCAAACCUAGACCACCAUCAGCAACAAGUAUUCCUGCUAUUCUGAAAGCACUUCAGGAUGAAUGGGAUGCCUGCAUGUUGCAAAGUUUUACAUUACGUCAGCAACUUCAGACUGCCCGACAAGAGUUGUCUCAUGCUCUCUACCAGCAUGAUGCUGCUUGUCGUGUCAUUGCUCGAUUGACAAAGGAAGUCACUGCAGCUCGUGAAGCUUUGGCAACUCUCAAACCACAAGCUGGUAUGGCUGUGGCUGUUCCUUCAGCUGUUCCAGUGCAGAUGGAGGAAGCUAUGGAUGUAUCGGCUCAGCCUGGUGAAGAAGAAGGAAUGACAGAAGAAGUCCUGCAGAAAUUGCAAGACAAAGCCACUCUCCUCACAGCUGAACGUAAGAAGAGAGGCAAGAAGGUUCCAGAGGACUUGAGUACAACAGAUGAGAUACAAUCUUACAAACCAAUCUCCUCACAUGCAGGCUUACAUAGUGCAAGCAAUCCUGGAAUCUUAGCUUUGGAUUUAUUUGCUGCAGAUACAUCCAGAGUCAUUACAGGUGGCCUGGACAAAAAUGCAGUGGUGUUCUAUCGUGACUCAGAACAGGUCAUUGCAACUCUCAAAGGCCACACGAAGAAGGUUACAAAUGUUGUGUAUCAUCCACACGAGGAUCUUGGUUUCACUGGAUCAGCAGAUACGACCAUCAGGGUGUGGUCCAUUCCACAGGCUUCAUGCUUACACACUGUUAAGGCACAUGAUCAAGCUGUUACUGGGCUUAGUCUCCAUGCAACAGGUGACUACCUCCUUAGCUGCUCAACAGAUCAGUAUUGGGCUUUCUCUGAUCUUAGAACUGGCCAUGUCCUCACCAGGUGUUUAUCAGAUCCUAACAUCAAUCAAGGAUUGACAUGUGCUCAGUUUCAUCCUGACGGUCUUAUUUUUGGUACUGGAACCACUGACAGUGUGAUAAAGAUCUGGGAUCUCAAGGAAGGUGCUAAUGUGGCUAAAUUUCCAGGACAUUCCGGACCAAUUACUGAUAUUUCCUUCUCUGAAAAUGGUUACUACCUAGCUACAUCUGCGGACGACUCAGUUGUAAAACUGUGGGAUUUGCGCAAACUGAAAAACUUCAAAACCAUAACGCUUGAAGAUAGAUUUGAGGUUAAAACACUCAGUUUUGAUCAGAGUGGUACAUAUUUAGCCGUGGGUGGUUCCGAAGUUCAGAUCUAUCUCGUCAAACAAUGGGAGAUGAUAAAGUCAUUUGCAGAACACUCUGAUGUGACGACAGGAGUGAAAUUUGGCAAACACGCCUCAUUCGUUGCGUCUGUUGGUCUUGAUCGUCAUCUCAAGUUCUACUCGCGAUAGAGCAAGGAGUGGGGCUAAUUUAGUCCCACGUUUACUAACAAUUAACUGUACCAUUUUACUUAUAUUUCUUGUACGUCAAGAUGAUCACGCUACCAUUCUCUUUCUUAUUUCACGCCUCAUUUUUUGUGGUAAUUUCUGUUAGUUAUUUAUAGAUCUCUCUCGUUUUCGGGAAUCUAAAGAGAAUCUGAAAAUAACCAGAACAUUAAGGUUACAAGCGAGUUGCUUGAAACUUGAGAGAUCCUACUUAAAUAAGGACGAAGAUGACUAAGAACGUGUUGAAACAAAUGAAAGUGGAAGUUCUGCUCGUGCUUUUUAAAAACUUUGUGUAUUUGAAAUCUUGACUUGGCUCGGAAAGGCCCCCGGGAUGCUUUCUGUCCUCUCAUCUGCUAUUGUGAUUACUUUGCUGUUUGUCUAACACUAUCGAAGUGCACUCUAAUGCCAGAAGAGGGAGCCAGUUUCUUUGAUUCGUCCUCUUGUUUCAUAUGUAAAAGGAGAGAUUGCAAGAGACUGUGUUAGCCAUAUUUUAGGAAAAGCGGGUAGACAUAUUUGUAGUACAGUAAACACCCACAAACAAGAACCUAGUGGAUUAGGAAGCUGCAUUUUCAAAUUUAGCAUUUAAUGUCCUGAAAUGUGAGAACCCGUUUCGCUCGGAAAAAAGAAACAGGUUUUUAUAUGGAAGAAGUAAUUUAACUUUAUUAUCCUAUAAGUGUGCCUGCGCAAAAGAGCCGCCUGUAUGUUUUUGUUGUUGUUGUUUCCUUUUGUUCUUUGUUUUUUUUUUCUUUCGGUGCCUCUUGUGAUUAUUUGAUAGAGCCUGUAUUCAGUGGCGCACAUUGACCGGUUUUUUCUUCUUUUUUGGCCUUCGCCAUUUCUGUUUCAUAUUGGCCCCCAGGCCUGUUCAAAGGCUCUCCCUGCCAUCGUAGUGACAACGUGAAUAUUGUAUGAGUGAAGUCUGCUAGUUUAAGUUUGUGACAAACAUAAGCGAAACACCUGUGGUGUCUUGGGAAACUUUGAUUAAGUUUCCUAUAACUUUGUAUAAAACGUUGAAAUUUUAUUAACUUGUAGCUAGCUUCAACAUUCAACAAAAAGACACCAGGAAAGAACAUUAAAACCUUUGUCGAUCCAUUUACGAAACGUCUUUGAUUAUGUUA